AUGGAGAGAAUGUUCAGGUGGUUCAGCUAUCUGCUGUUCCUGAUCUCUCUCCCAUUUGCCUCCGCUCUGAAAUUCGACAUACAAGCGCAUCCAGGACACGAAUCUGCAAAGUACGAGCGAUGUAUACGGAACUUUGUUGCAAAAGACCAGCUCGUAGUGGUCACAGUCAUUACCAAUGGCCAUAGGGGAGAUGGACAGACAUUGAACAUACACAUACGGGAUGCCAUGGGCAACGAUUACCACCGGCCCAAGGACGUCGCAGGAGAGGGCAGAUAUGCUUUCACCUCACACGCUGACUCCGCAUUCGACGUGUGCUUCGAGAAUAUCCUUACAGCGACCCGAGAUGUAAUGAAUCCCACUCGACACAUCGAGCUCGACAUCGACAUCGGCGCGGACGCAAAAGAUUGGUCCGCGAUUCAGGCCGGCGAGAAGCUGAAGCCCGCUGAGACGGAGCUGCGGCGCAUAGAGGAGCUGGUUGGCGAGAUCGUCAACGAGAUGGACUACCUCCGGGGGCGAGAACAGAAGCUGCGGGAUACCAAUGAGAGCACGAAUGAGCGGGUGAAGUGGUUCGCGUUUGGUACGAUGGGCAUGCUGGUUGGGUUGGGCGCAUGGCAGGUUGUAUACUUGAGGGCGUAUUUCAGGUCAAAGCAUCUCAUCUAG